GUUUGGUCGCUGUUGGUGGAGGUGCUGUGUAUGUAGCAAGGGAGAGAGGAAAGUGGCGUGAGACUGGAGAGGGAGAAAGGAAAGUGAGCACAGAGGUUUUGAUCCAAACCUGGGUUUUGUGGGUCCCGGAUACUUUUAUCCAAUCCAACUUGCUUUAUCCUUCUUUAUCCAUCAAACCAAACACCCCCUUAGGGUUUCAAUCCAAAAUAACAAAAACCGAAAAGUAAGAUCAGACAUUGACACCAACAGCUUGAGGAUUGAGUAAUUAAUCUUCUCCGGCAACGGCGAUCUUUCAUCGCCGAACAUCGACGUCCAUAUAUCCUGACAGUACCUACCUCGACAGAAUUGAAUCUUCGAAAGCUUCGUUACAUAACAAAGUUGAAUCUUUCAGACGGGUUUAUUCUGACUCACCGUCGACAAUCAACCUGAUUACGUCAUCGCCAUAGCGAGAUUUCAGUUCGGCCCCACUGCUACCAUGACUACGCUUGCCAACAGUCCUCAAAGAGAAAUGAAAGAUGAUGAUGAUUAUGCCGAGUAUGUUCCGGUUGCAAAGCGUAGGGCCCUGGAGGCACAAAAGAUUCUUCAACGCAAAGGGAAAUCUUCAGAAUUUGAAGAGGAAACAGAAAAGUUGAAACUGGUCGAAGUCAAACCAAGUUUACUGGUGAAGGCUUCUCAAUUGAAGCGUGACCAGCCAGAAAUCAGUCCCACAGAACAAGUGGUACAACAAGAGAAGGAGAUGAUUGAACACCUCUCCGACCGCAAGACCUUAAUGUCUGUUCGUGAACUUGCGAAGGGAAUCACAUACAGUGAUCCUUUGCCAACGGGAUGGAAACCUCCACUGCACAUUAGAAGGAUGCCCAAAACAGCUUUUGAUGCCAUUAGGAAGCAGUGGCAUAUUAUUGUGGAUGGUGAAGAUAUUCCCCCUCCAAUAAAAUUUUUUAAGGAUAUGAGAUUUCCGGAGCCUGUUUUGAAGAAUUUGAAAGCUAAGGGAAUCGUGCAACCCACACCCAUUCAAGUUCAAGGACUUCCUGUUAUUUUAUCAGGAAGAGAUAUGAUUGGCAUUGCCUUUACUGGUUCUGGUAAGACGUUGGUUUUUGUCUUGCCAUUAAUCAUGGUAGCCUUACAAGAGGAGCUAAUUAUGCCCAUCGUUCCUGGGGAGGGACCAUUUGGAUUGAUCAUUUGCCCAUCUAGAGAGCUUGCUAGGCAGACCUAUGAAGUUGUGGAGCAGUUUUUAAUACCUAUGAGGGAGCAUGGAUACCCAGAAUUGAGGCCAUUGCUUUGUAUUGGUGGUGUUGAUAUGCGGUCACAAUUGGAAGUAGUGAAGAAGGGUGUUCAUAUUGUGGUUGCUACACCUGGGAGGUUGAAGGACAUGCUUGCUAAAAAGAAGAUGAGUUUGGAUAAUUGUAGGUAUUUGUGUUUGGAUGAGGCAGAUAGGCUGGUUGAUCUGGGUUUUGAAGAUGACAUAAGAGAAGUGUUCGAUCACUUUAAAGCUCAACGGCAAACCCUUCUUUUUUCUGCUACCAUGCCCACAAAGAUUCAAAACUUUGCUAGAAGUGCUUUGGUUAAGCCUGUUACUGUUAAUGUUGGAAGGGCGGGAGCGGCGAAUCUUGACGUGAUUCAAGAAGUUGAAUAUGUGAAGCAGGAGGCGAAGAUUGUUUACCUUCUUGAAUGCUUGCAAAAGACCCCUCCUCCUGUUCUAAUAUUUUGUGAGAACAAAGCUGAUGUGGAUGACAUUCAUGAAUAUCUUCUUUUAAAGGGAGUUGAAGCAGUGGCAAUUCAUGGAGGCAAGGAUCAAGAAGAGAGAGAAUAUGCCAUUUCUUCCUUCAAAGCAGGCAAGAAAGAUGUACUGGUUGCCACAGAUGUUGCAUCGAAGGGUUUGGAUUUUCCCGACAUUCAGCAUGUAAUAAACUAUGAUAUGCCAGCCGAGAUUGAGAACUAUGUUCAUAGGAUUGGACGAACGGGAAGAUGUGGGAAGACUGGAAUAGCCACAACGUUCAUUAACAAGAAUCAGAGCGAAACAACACUUCUUGACCUGAAACACCUGCUGCAAGAAGCAAAACAAAGGAUACCACCCGUUUUGGCUGAGCUCAGCGAUCCAAUGGAAGAUGUGGAGGCAAUUGCAAGUGCCAGUGGUGUGAAAGGAUGUGUUUACUGUGGUGGGCUCGGUCAUCGUAUCCGUGAUUGUCCCAAGUUAGAGCAUCAAAAAAGUAUGCAAAUUGCUAGUUCAAGACGAGAUUAUUUUGGAUCUGGGGGUUAUAGAGGGGAAAUUUGAACUAUGCUUCUUCUGUAGUUAUUUGAAAUUCCCCCAACUAUAGUCAAUGUACAAGUUGGUUUUUUUGUACGACUGCACAAGGUGAUAAUGAACAAAUAUUAUGUUUGUUACCAUGGAGAUUUAUUAUAUGAUUUCACCCUAUCAAUAGAUCGGUGGUACAAAUUAAACUUUGACAUCCACUGUAAAAUUUUGAACUCGGCAC